CAAUCUCUUUUUUUCUUUCUCCACAUUCAAAUCUUUUUCUAGUAUAUAUCUUCUUCACAUAGUCACCAUCCAAUAAAAUAUUAAACUAUAGAAUAUAAUAUCAAAUAUCUAGAAUUAUGAGAAAGCCUUGUUGUGAUAACAAAGAAGAAAUGCAUAAAGGAGCUUGGUCUAAACAAGAAGAUCAAAAACUCAUUGAUUAUAUCACUAAACAUGGUGAAGGUUGCUGGAGAAAUUUACCUAAAGCUGCUGGUCUGCUUCGUUGUGGAAAAAGUUGUAGGCUAAGAUGGAUGAAUUAUCUUAAUCCAAAUCUAAAAAGAGGAAAUUUUUCUGAGGAUGAAGAUGAUCUAAUCAUCAAGCUUCAUGCUCUCCUUGGCAAUAGAUGGUCGCUAAUAGCAGGAAGAUUGCCAGGAAGAACGGAUAAUGAAGUGAAGAAUUAUUGGAAUUCUCAUUUGAGAAGAAAACUUAUAAAAAUGGGAAUUGAUCCAAAAAAUCAUAGGCUAUCUCAUUAUCUUCACAUAAAAAGACUUGAAUUACUCCAAGAAAACAACACAAGAUUAGAAAAUGUUGGAGUAAUAUCUGAUGCUACAAGUUCUUGUGCUAAUAAAGAUCAACAAAUUACAAGUUCAUUGCUUGAUCUCAAUUUAAUUCCAUAGAUAAGGUAUCGAAGACGUUCGCGAUCAUCUAAUUAGUUGAUUAAUAAUAUGUCCUCUGGUUGAUUUAGACAUCAUCGUUAUGAACUUUACGUAUUUUUUAAGAAACUUUUUAGAGAAUAAAGUACUAUAAUGUAUGGUUUGUUAUUGUAACAUUUACUUAUCAAUUUGAAGUACUAGCAUUUCUCUUUCUA